AAAUAUAGUACACUUCGCUUAUUACUUUUACGUUUCAAAUAUGUAAAAAAUUGCUUAUAUUUUCACAAUAUGGAUUUUCUUUAUAAGCAAGAUAUCAUGGUAUCGUCUUAUAAAACGGAAAGAGAUAAACUUAUUGCUGUCAAACGGUGGAAUGUUAGAAAGUUUUUUAAAUUAUUAGAAAAAUUGGAAGAUUUUUUCGAAAAUGAUAAAUGUUACCGACUAGCCGAUAAUUAUUUGAUAGCUAUGGUUUUUACAUAUUUUUUGAGGGCAUCACUCAAUCCAGAAGAAUAUACGAAACAGAAUUUUUUCGCUGCAUUAUAUCUCGCUUACAAUAUGGAAGAAGAUGAAAGUGAGUUUAUGCUAUCAGAAGUCGAAAGUUGGCUUGGUUGUGGUAUCAGUGAGUUAAAACAUAAACGCUAUGCACUAUUCAGACGUAUGGAAUAUCGGGGUGCAGUAUCACGUUCCUGCUGUGAUGUUGUAAUGAGGUCUGUAAAUCCGGAACAUAAGAUAUGGCUAAGACGCCGACACGUUUACCAUUCUGGCGUCGUCAACGGAGGAAUAUACUUUGAUCACGAAAUAGAAGAUAUUUGUCCCACUUGUAAAAAUGAUAGUGAAUGUGAAAUAGAAUACUAGUUUACAAUAAAAAAAGAACACUGAUAUUGA